CUCUCAUCUCAUGUGAUCAGUUAUUUUAUCUCUCUUCGAUUUCGUGCUGCUUCUUCUCCUCCUUUUCCUUUUUUCUCUAUCUAUCUAUCUGUCUACUUUCUCUAGAUCCAAACACCCUCUCCUUCCUUCUUUCCUUCCUUCGUACCCUUUCUCCGCAGUUCCGAGUUUCUCCGUGUGGGUUGCUUCUCUCUCUCUCCUCGGCGCGUCCGUUUUCCCGAUCCGAGGAGGAGGUUCUUUCUCGCGCUUUUCUCAUCUUCCAACCCAUUGGAAACCAAAGGGAAGGCAAUGUGAGCAGUUUGUCCCAUAUUCGUGAUUGUUGCUUCCUUCCCCGGCAUUCUGGAUUUAGUUUUCAGGCUGUUCUGUCUCGGUGUAUGCAAAGAUGGGCAAAUGCAACAGUUGUGCAAAGCUUGGAGGAAUGGUGUCCAGGGAUCAAUCCGUUAGUGGCUACCAUUUUGCCAUUCUCUUGUCUCCCGUUGUCUCCUUCUGGGAUUGCAUCGUUCGGAAAAUGAGCAUAGCGGGUAAACCCGUAGUGAGGAAAGUGAAGAAGAAGCAGGUGAAAGGUGAGAUGGACCGCCUCAAACAGGCUGAGAAGAAGAAGAGGCGGCUGGAGAAAGCAUUGGCUACUUCAGCUGCCAUUAGGUCCGAACUGGAGAAGAAGAAGCAGAAGAAGAUAGAAGAACAACAGAGGCUCGAUGAAGAGGGUGCUGCAAUAGCAGAGGCAGUAGCGCUGCACGUUCUGCUUGGCGAGGACUCCACUGAUGAUUCCUGUCAGAUUGUACUACAAAAAGAAGAAGGGUUCGAGUUCAACCCGUGGGAUUGUGCCUCCGGAAAUCUCAAUAUCUACAUGGACAAGAGUGGAGCAUCAUUCCUCCCACAUCAUUACUGCGCCGGCGGGGAUGGUGAAUGGUCGUCGUUCUCUUAUGGCUCCCUUGGUGGAAUGGAUGUACGAGGAUCGUACUUUGGUGAUGAACGUAGCUGGGGAGCUGCAGCGGAGUUCUCGGCUGGUCUUAUUGCGGCUCAGGCUGUUUCUUCUCUACAGAUUGGGGAGGAUGAUGCUGUCGACACAUUCGUCUUGGACGGAAUGCUGAGGAGGUAGAUAGUUAACAUUCACAUUGGAGCAGUGAUUCUCUGGUUUGUCUCUCAAUGGAGUCAAAAGGUCAUUUAGUCCAUCGCUUCAGAAUAAAUGCUUUGUUGUGUGUAUAUAGUUCUCGAGUGUCUUGCUCUCUUGUGUGUCCAGAUGUUCUGGGCUGAACUCCAACAGUUGUUGCACCAUAACACUCAACUGUUUUGAUUUUAGUUUUCUUUGAUCUUUUUUCGGAUAUUUGAGGAUUUAGUUUCUCAUGCUUGUUGUUUCUUGAGAUGUAACAAUUAUGCAAUUUGGCCUUUGGGUUUCUUCUCAAUGUUGAUUGUUGUGUAUUCGAAUUCUUAUAUCGUAACACGAAUGCCAAUUUAGCCCUGGAAAAUUGAAUGAAGUAGUUGGCUGGACAUUAAUGCCUGCAAAA